AUGGGAAUCUUUUCUAGAUUCCGCAGCGACGAUGCGGGCUCCUCACCUGACCAUGAAAUUGCGCGAAAAAACAACAUUCAUGGAGAUCCAGAGAAGGCCACAGACAAUUCGUUAGAAACCCGACUAGAGGAUUCAACAACGAAUCAGCUUCCUCCUCAUGAAUUCGCAGCAAUUGAGAAGAGAGUCUUAAAGAAGCUAGAUCGCAGAUUGGUGUCUCUUGUAUUUGUACUCUAUCUCCUCGCCUAUUUGGAUAGAUCUAACAUCGGAAAUGCCCGAAUCGCUGGUAUGGAGGAAGAUCUGUCUCUUUCCUCACCGGACUACCAAUGGCUUCUCACAAUCUUCUACAUUUCAUAUAUUAUAUUUGAAUGGUUCGCUCUGAUGUGGAAACUAGUCCCACCACACAUUUGGGCUGCAUUCUGCGUAAUGGGUUGGGGACUUACAGCAACACUUCAAUCCGCAACCUUCUCUUUCUCAGGAAUGAUGGCCGCGAGAUUCUUCCUAGGACUAUUCGAAGCAGGAUUCGGACCAGGAAUACCAUUCCUCUUCUCCUUCUUCUACCUUCGUCACGAGAUUGGAUUCCGAUGCGGUAUAUUCCUCUCAGCAGCACCAUUAGCCACAUGUUUCGCAGGUGCUCUCGCUUAUGGAAUUACAAGCGACGACUCCCCUCCAAUUGCAAACUGGAGACUUCUUUUCCUCGUCGAAGGACUACCGUGUCUCGUAGCAGCCGUAGCAACAUUCUUUCUGCUCCCCGACAGUCCAGAGAAAGCAUCCUUCCUAACGCCCGAAGAAAAAUCCGUCGCCCGCUCCCGAGCCCGCCUCCAAACCGGCAAAGCAGACCGAGAAAUCGGCCGUCUAAACUUCCGCGACCUAGGCGCUGCACUUCUAGACCCCAAAAACUACAUCACAGCCCUCAUGUACUUCUCCUGCAACGUCUCCUUCUCCUCCCUCCCCGUCUUCCUCCCCACCAUCCUCUCCGAAAUGGGCUUCACGCGUCUCACCGCCCAAGCCCUAACCGCACCCCCCUACUUCCUCGCCUUCCUCCUCGUCAUCCUCACCACCUACAUCGCAGACCGCACUCAGCAGCGCGGUCUCACCAUCCUCAUCCUCUCUCUGGUCGCUACCGUCGGUUAUAUCCUGCUCGCCACCACAUCCUCCACCGCGCCUAGAUACGUAGGUGUGUUUUUAGCCGCUGCCGGUGUCUUUCCGGCGAUUGGCAAUAUUUUGCCGUGGGUGCUGAAUAAUCAGGGGAGUGAUACGAGGAGAGGGAUGGGUAUUGCGAUGUUGAAUCUUAUCGGCCAGUGUGGACCGUUGCUGGGCACGAGGGUUUAUCCGAGUAAUGAGGGCCCGUAUUAUCGGAAGGGGAUGUGGGUUUGCGCGGGGUUUAUGGCGUUUAAUGCGCUGCUGGCGCUGGGGCUGAGGGCGUUGUUGGCGUGGGAGAAUGGGAGGUUGGAUGCGAAGUAUGGGCGGGGAGGGGAAGGGAUGGAGGGGGAAGAGGGUGUGGGCGUUGAAGAUGGGGGGAGGGGGUUCAGUAUUAGAGUAUUCCGAAGAGGUUAA